AGCUCCAUGCAACUUGAUGUUUUGUUAUGACAUGUCGGUUAUAACCAAAUAUUAUUGCUUACAGUGAGAUAUAGUUACUGGCAUGUGCAAUGCGGUAUUUAACAGUUCGAAAGGAACUGAUUUCACACCGAAUUUUAAGUCGGCUUAUCCACACGAGUCAAUGUGUAAGAACAAUCGAUCCGGAUGUAUUAGAAGAAAAGGCACUCGAUGCUAGAGCCCGACAACUGUAUGAUCGCCAUAAGUCCGCUAUUUUGUACAGUUCAGUGGUGGAAAGUAGUAAACUUAAUCUGGGCUAUGUAAAGUCAAAAAUAUUAACACAAAAGCUGAAAGCUCAACAAGAAAAGCUGACAGUAGACAAUGUUCGAGUGAAACCGUUUUCGCUGGCACUAAAGUAUUGGGAUGAAUCGAAAAAGGAUUUUGACGGAAAAGUAAUCAGCGACGCGAAUCCCAACAAUACGCAAUGGAAAACCGAUUUGAUCAAUGAGAUAUCGAACAGCAAAAAGAAACGACAAUUGAUGAGAGAAAUGCAAGAUCGCCAAACACAAAUUGGUGACGAAGAUGAACCGAAACCGUUCACCAACUAUUGGAUGAAUGAUUACGACAUUUACGAUGAUUCUGAAUCCGAUGCGCACUCACAAUUCGGCACACCCGACCCGUCAGUUCCAGUGUCGAAAGUGCCUUGCUACGGUUGCGGCUCGUUAUUACAGUGUGCCGAUUCCAGUUUACCGGGAUAUCUACCAAGUGAGCUUUUCAAGGGGAAAAGUCCCGCCGUACUGAAGACCGUACAUUGUCAGCGAUGUCACUUUCUGAAGAACUACAACACUGCCAUCAAUAUGAAUGUUUCAUCCGAUCAGUAUGUCGAAAUGAUAUCGACGAUUGAGGACAAGUUUGCUUUGGCCAUUUUGAUGAUUGACCUGCUGGAUUUUCCGUGCUCACUAUGGCCGGGCAUAGCAGCAAUUCUCGGAAAGAAACGACCUAUUUUCGUUGUCGGUAACAAGGUUGAUCUCCUGCCAAAAGAUUCGCCCGGCCACAUUAACCAUGUAAAGCGAUGUCUGGAAGAUUGUAUCGCAAAUUCAGGCAUAGCUAGCACGAAUGUCAAACAUAUGGCACUAAUUUCUGCACAGACUGGUUACGGUGUCGAAGAAUUGAUCACGAAAUUGCACAACAUUUGGCAGUACAAGGGAGACGUCUAUUUAGUUGGUUGUACCAACGUUGGGAAGAGUACACUGUUUAAUGCUCUACUUCGUUCAGACUAUUGUAAGGUGAAAGCCAGUAAUAUCAUCCAAAAAGCCACAACUAGCCCAUGGCCAGGGACCACCAUAAGAUUACUAAAGUUUCCCAUUCUUCGUCCAAAUGAUCAUCGUCUGUACGAGCGAACAAUGCGUCUUAUUUCGCUGUCACAUAAAAGAGCAGCCGAAAAUCAACUGCGUGCCGAUCAAGCUCGAUUGGGAAAAGUUGAGCACGCCACUUUAAUCGGCCACAUCGGUCAAACAUUUCAGAAACCAGAAGACGAAGCCAACGACUCUUUCAACAUGGGCAAGGGUGCACCACCAGUCCUACAUUUAAAUGAAGCGUCCGACGACUAUGCGAAAAGUAAAUGGUGUUUCGAUACGCCUGGAGUGGUACACAAAGAAUCCAUUUUAAGUCUAUUGACGACGGAAGAGCUGCUGCUGACGCUACCGAAGAAAAUGAUUUUGCCGCGAACAUUUGUAAUGAAACCGGGAAUGUCACUGUUCUUGGCUGGCGUCGGCCGAGUAGAUUACCUAAAUGGAGCCGAUUUUAUACGGAUAACAGUCUAUGCGUCACCUAAAUUACCAAUACUGAUUGUGAAGACGGACGAGGCGGAAACAGUUUAUAGCGAGAUGUUGGGCACAGAACUCUUAGCUGUUCCUGUCGGUGACGCAGAACGAUUAGACAAAUGGCCGGGGCUUUCAGCGUCGGAUAUUUUUACGUUUAGGGGUGAAGGAACGGAAGUGUCUGCAUGUGAUGUAUUGCUGUCUUCGGCUGGUUGGGUGGGUCUUAUCAUACCGGAGAAUGAGGAAGCCGAGUUUAAGAUUUGGACACCGGAGGCUCGAGGAAUUUUCGUCCGACGACCAUCACUAAUUCCAUACGGUGGCAAUUUACGCGGCGGUCGUAUCAGAGGAACGUUAGCGUAUAGAACUAGGCUGCCAUUCGUAAAACCAACCGGUUGAGUGGAAAAUGUUAUUUUUUUUUUAUUUUAUGUAUUUCCCGUAUGAAAAUCAAUCGACA